AUGUGGAGUGGACUGUUACCUCCAGGGCUGACCGAAAGUGAUGUUGACUUAAGUUCGGAUGAUGGAGAUGAAUUGCAUGGCUGCUUUCCAAAGGCAGAUGCAAAAGAAGAUGCUGAAAGGGUUCAGCUUUCUGAAUGCCAGAAGAAUGGACCUGAAAGUAAUGCAAUCAGUGAACCCCUUUUGCUGUCGGUGACAGAUGGAGAAAACGAAUCUCAGAUGUGCCCUCCUGGAAUUUCCUUAAAUAUGUGGAACAAAUUUGUGGAGCUUCAGAAGAAAAACCGUGAAAUGAAAACCCAGGCAAAUCAGGGAAACAAAAGUCGUAAAAGAAAGCGCCACAGAAAAGAAAAACAGAAAAAGAACGAUGAAGUGCCUAAGAGUAGUCAGCAGUUGGCAAAUGAAGACAAAUGGAAGGAACUCACACAAUACUUUGGAAUCAAUGAUAGAUUUGAAUCACCUGUGGAUAGCAGGGCUCCACAAAAGUCUGGCCUUGAACUUAGCAUAGAGAAGUCUGUGGCUGAAGGUGACAUUGAUAAGGCUGAGGAGCUGAGUGAUAGAUUAGCCAUCCGUGAG